CUGUGCCGAGGACAUGACCUACGCGACAAGAUCAUGAGCUCUCCUUAGACUGCAGGCCUUCUGAAACAUGUCUUUUACGGCAACUUCCUGUCUUCCUCUUCCCUCACUACAAAGCUUUCCUCACUGUCCUUGAAGGCGUUCUUUCCUUAUCGGCACGCACCUGGCUGGCACCCCCGGCACUUCCGCAUCACCUCCGAUAGCACCUUCACCGCCAUAGUAAAGCAUCAUGGAACGAGUACGGCAGAUAUUCGAGCGUGAAAACGCGAGGGUGUCCUAUGAGCGUCUUGAGGGUGGAUCUGAGGAUGUAGAUGGAGAGCCAAUAGAGCAGGCGGAGGGCCAGGCCUUCUCCUGGACUGAUUACUCCGUAUUCCUCUUGCUAGGAGUUGCUAUGCUAUGGGCUUGGAAUAUGUUCCUCGCUGCAGCCCCGUACUUCCAACAUCGCUUCGAAUCCAACGAGAACCUACUCCGCAACUUCCAGUCCGCUAUCCUCUCCGUAUCGACCGUGGGGAACUUAGGCUCCGUCAUAGUCUUGAGCGAACUUCAGGCUAAAGCAAACUACCCAAAACGCAUCAUCAUUGCACUAGGCCUGAACGCCAUUGUAUUCACCCUGCUCGCAAUAUCUACCAAGAUCUUCCUCAACGUGUCGGCUGGUGUUUACUUUGCCUUCCUCUUGGUCAUAGUGCUCAGUGCUAGCUUGGCGACUGGAAUGUGCCAGAACGGCAUCAUGGCUUACGUCGCUGGUUUCGGACGCGAAGAAUAUACACAGGGGAUCAUGACUGGUCAGGGAAUUGCUGGUGUGUUACCUGCCGUCACUCAGAUCAUCUCUGUCCUGUCGGUUCCAAAGAAGGAGCCGGCUGAUGGCAAGCCUCAAGAGUCGAGUGCUUCUGCAUUCACGUACUUUCUUACCGCCACGGUAAUUUCUGCUGCUACCUUGAUUGCUUUCUUCUACCUACUUUCCAGGGACAGCUCUAAACAGCGUAUGAAACGUUAUUCAGCCCACGACGAGCUGGAUACGGAUGGGCUUCACAGCCACCACAAGCGGAUACCGUUAACAAGGCUUCUGAAGAAGCUCUUCUGGCUCGCCGGUGCAGUCUUUCUUACCUUCGCCAUCACCAUGGUCUCUUGCCCAGUCUUCACAGGUCAAAUUAUCAGCGUUCGAGACCCAGAAACCGCACCGCGUCUCUUUCUACCGGCUACAUUCAUACCUUUAGGGUUCUUUUUCUGGAACUUGGGUGAUCUCAUCGGCCGCACCGGUCCAGCUCUUUCAGCAUUACGUCUCACACAUCGUCCGCGUCUUCUUUUUGCCAUGUCCGUUGCACGAAUCGUCUUCAUACCCAUGUACCUUCUCUGUAAUGUAGGUGGAAAUGGUGCUGCUAUCAAUUCUGACUUUUUCUACUUGAUUGUCGUACAGCUGCUCUUCGGUAUGACAAACGGCUACCUCGGAAGUAGCUGCAUGAUGGGCUUUGUGGAGUGGGUUGAUUCGGACGAGGUUGAAGCUGCAGGAGGGUUCAUGUCCCUUUGUCUCGUUGGCGGUUUAACGGCGGGAAGCUUUUUGAGCUUCUUCGCCGCUCAGACUUCUUGAGUAGACGUUCUUGAUGUAAAUGAUUCAAACUCUGCUGGGGAUAGUCCCAUGGCAAAUCGUAAGGUUUUAUCACUGCACGCCAGGCGCAAGACUUUCUCCCAUAGUUUCGAUCACGAAUUAGAGGAAUCACAUGCCCAACACCUCCAGUGCUUGCUUUGAGGGACUGUCUACAUCCGACGCUUGUACCUGGACAUGCUGGACAACAUCUACAUCAUAUGAGUAGUGAGCUUCUCGCUUUUCGCUUCUUCGGCGGCCACGACCCGUUAGUCUCGCCUUCUCCAGACGGAUAUUAGCGACCAUGUCAAGCGACACAGCCUUCCUCGUCAUCAA